AUGAGUGUGACGUCAGAGGAGGCGUCUGAAGAGAGAUGCGGGAGCUACAGUCUGAGUGCCGAUAUCAGUGAGUCGGAGUUUUCAUGUAGCGGCUCAUCGUGUCGGCGGUACAAGGCGGAGGAGGAAUAUGGAAGCGCCUCGAGUUCAGGAGUCUUGUCGCCGAUCUCGGCUGUUGCUAGCUCGGGGAUUCCAGCACCGGUUGUGCCGCCUUUCAUGUUCCCGCUGAUUGGCGGGAAGGAUGUGGUAGUCUGGGAUAAGAUGCCGCAGAAAUGUGCCGCCGAUUUGUCAGAUAUUGAGAUGAUGAAGGAAAGAUUUGCUAAGCUUCUUCUUGGUGAAGACAUGUCUGGAGGAGGUAAAGGAGUUUGUACUGCACUCGCCAUAUCAAAUGCCAUUACUAAUCUCUCUGCAACUGUGUUUGGCGAAUUGUGGAGGUUGGAGCCAAUGGCACCUCAGAAGAAGAUAGUGUGGUGCAGAGAAAUGGAAUGGUUGUUAUCUGUUAGUGAUUCAAUUGUGGAACUAGUGCCCUCUAUACAGCCAUUUCCCGGUGGAGGCACAUAUGAAGUAAUGGCAACAAGGCCGCGAUCUGAUUUGUAUAUGAAUUUACCUGCACUCAAGAAACUCGAUGCUAUGUUGAUAAGCAUUCUUGACGGAUUUCGUGAUACAGAGUUUUGGUAUAUUGAUCGUGGGAUAGUUGUGGAUGAGUGUGAGAAGUAUUCUUCCGGGGUGUCUGGUGGUAGGCCUUCUAUUAGACAGGAAGAGAAGUGGUGGCUUCCGCACCCAAAAGUUCCUCCAAAGGGAUUGUCAGAUGAUAUGAGGAAGAGGCUACAGCAGUGCCGUGAUUGCACAAACCAGAUACUGAAAGCUGCCUUAGCCAUAAAUAGCAAUGUUCUUGCUGAGAUGGAGAUUCCAGAUGCCUAUUUGGAAACCUUGCCCAAGAAUGGAAGAGGUUGUUUGGGUGACACCAUCUACCGAUACAUAACUGCAGAUCAAUUCUCACCAGGUUGUCUGCUUGAUUGCCUUGAUUUGUCAUCCGAGCAUCACACACUAAAUGUGGCAAACAGAAUUGAGGCAGCUGUGCAUGUAUGGAAGCUGAAAGAAAGAAAGAAAGAGCCAAACCUUAAGAAAGCUAAGCGCAAGACAUGGGGUGGUAAGAUGAAGGGCCUUGUUAUCGAUGGUGAAAAGAACCAAUUUCUGGUACAGCGAGCUGAAACCUUAUUGCAUAGCCUAAGACUUCGGUUUCCCGGUCUUCCACAAACUGCACUGGACAUGAACAAGAUCCUGUAUAACAAGGAUGUUGGGCAGUCAAUUCUAGAAAGCUAUUCAAGGGUAAUGGAGAGCUUGGCGUUCAACAUAAUGGCAAGGAUUGACGAUGUUUUGUAUGUAGACGAUGCAACCAAACGCUGUGUUGCUGCUGAGGCUCUUUCAAUUUUCAACAGAGGAGGUUUAAACGGACUUCCUAUUCAAAAGAAAAUGUCACCAAGUCCCUUUUCAAUUCAGCAUACCCCAUAUACCUCUCCUUUUGCAACUCCAACAUUUUGUUCAUCUCCGCCAUUAGCCAGUAGCCAAAGGAGGUCUGUUUCCCCACUACACAAGAAAAGUGAAAAGGCAGCAGCACCAAGCCAUCAAUUUGACCAAGUUGUGCAAACUGAAUGGGACAAAGUAUGGUCCUAUGCUGGAAAUCUUAGUGCUAGAAGAGUUUCUCGGGAUGCCCCGGAGCGUGACUGA